AAAAAGAAAUAAAGAAAAGAUUAAAUUCCAAGAAUCUAAGUUUCCAAGCAACCAAACCCUGCAAACAAAUCUUACUGUACAGGAUAUUUACCUCUCUGUUGCCCGGGAGUCCUCUCGCGGCUCCACGCCUCCCUCCGAGCGCUGGCUGCACACGCCGCGUGCUCCUGCCGGCUGCGGAUGCCUUACAGUUCAGGAAGGAUCAAGUCCCAGCCGAGUCCUGGGUGGCUGAGGUGAGGGAGAGAUGAGCAGCCGAGAGGUGGUCGCUCUGAAUGUGGGGGGUGUGAGGUUUGUGACCCUGGCCUCCACGUUGCUGCGGUUCCCCGAGUCCAGGCUAGCCCGGAUGUUGAGCAGCGAUGCGCGGGAAGUGGCGCUGCCGAGCGGAGAGCUUUUUGUGGACAGGGACGGGACUUUGUUCGGUUACAUCUUGGACUUCUUGAGGACUCUCCAGAUCUCUUUACCUCCUGACUUUUCAGACUAUCAGAGGCUGCAGAGAGAAGCAGAAUUCUAUGGCCUCUCCCCUCUGGCCGAUCUCCUGAAGCAGGAGCACUUGCUGAAGCCGAGGCCGGAGCUCUUGGAAGUGCGUUUUUCUCUCCAGGAGAUGCAGGCCUUCUUCCGGAUCUUUGGUUCCUGCAGUACCACUGUGGAGACACUGGCUGAACAGAUCACUGUGUUUUCAGGACAGCAGUCAGGACAGAGCUGGAACAGCCUUUUUCCUUCUCACAAACCACUUGUUCCCCUGCCUUUGGAAAGACCUUCUCACCAUGACGUGGUUUUUCAGUGUGGCACUGACUACUCUGCCGGUGACCAGUUUGUGGCCAGGUAUGUUUCCAUAAAGCCUGAUAACAGAAAGCUGAUUAAUGGUACUAAUGUGCUAGGCCUGCUGCUUGACACUUUACUCAGGGAUGGAUUUCGCCUCACAAGCACCAGGACAGUGUCCAGUGAAGAAAAAGUCGAAUGCUACAGUUUGGAAAGGAUGCAGAAACCAGCAGGCAUCACCAUCACGGUGAACCAAGCCCCAGGGAGCUCUGGGGCAGCACAGGCGAAGAGGAGCCCAGUGCAGAAAGGGAAAUAGAGGCUUUGCCUUUCAUCUUUUGAAAGUGGAAGAGGGAUGUGGCAG